UGAACGUGUAGCAAAUGUGACGUGACUUAAAAAUAUCGGGCAAAAAAAAAGUGUUUUAUUUUCUUACAAGAUAUCGGUUCCAAAAUAGCGAAAAAGGAACAAAAAAAAAGAAGUGGAAAAACUUUUUCAUUCGAUCACAAAAGCUUUGCUCGCGAAGCUAGCUUUUUUGAGAACAAAUAUAUUUUUUUGUGCUAUCUUGUAGCAAGUUUUUAUAUUGAAUUGGAAAGAACAUUGGAACAAUGAAUAAAUUUCAUUGUAAAUUUAUUGUGUUUGCACUUGCCAUCGCAUCAAUUUCCGCACAAUCAAAAGACAAAGAGAAGGAAGAGUAUGAGUGUCCAACAAAUGUUGGUAAUGGAAAUUUUGCUGAUCCCGUCACAUGUAGGCGAUUUUAUCAGUGCGUUGAUGGCUAUCCAUAUUUAAAUAGAUGCCCAUCAGGCCUUUAUUUUGAUGAUAUUCAAAAAUUCUGCACAUUCAAAGAUGAAGCACGAUGCGGUCCAAUUCCGAUAACUGCAUCACCAGUAACAGAAGCACCAAUAGACAAUGCACAGCGAUGUGAUCCAGCAGAAUGUGAGUUGCCAUAUUGUUUUUGUAGCAAAGAUGGUGCCAAUAUUCCAAAGGAUCUUAGUGCCGAAGAAAUCCCCCAAAUGAUUCUCCUCACAUUCGACGGUGCCGUCAAUCACAAUAAUUAUGAUCAUUAUAUGAAAGUGCUAGGUGGAAAAUACUCAAAUCCAAAUGGAUGCCCCAUUAAGGGAACAUUUUUCAUUAGUCAUGAGUAUAGCAACUAUUUGCAAAUUCAAAACCUUUCAUUCACUGGAAAUGAAAUAGCUGUCGAAACAAUCAGUUCACAACAGGGAUUGCAGGAUAAAGGAUAUGAGGAAUGGGUCGGUGAAAUGAUUGGUAUGAGAGAAAUUCUUCGUCACUUUGCAAAUGUGUCAAAUUCUGAAAUCAAUGGAAUGCGUGCACCAUUCUUAAAGCCCGGACGAAAUACGCAAUACAAAGUGAUUGAGGAUUUCGGUUUUAUCUAUGAUUCAUCUAUUGUUGUUCCACCAAACAAAAUUCCGUCAUGGCCAUAUACACUCGAUUAUAAAAUUCCUCAUGAAUGCAAAAGUGGAACGUGUCCAACGAAAACAUUCCCCGGUGUUUGGGAGGUGCCAAUGAAUAGUCACUUUGUUGAAUCGUAUGAAGGUGGAAUAUGUCCAUAUCUCGAUCAAUGUGUUCUCCACAAUCACGAUCCUGAUGAGGUUCUCGAAUGGUUGCAAGAAGAUUUCUCACGUUAUUAUGAGCAAAAUAAAGCACCAUACAUGAUGGCAUUCCACACAAAUUGGUUCCAAAUUAAAGAACUUGAGCAGGGACUUCACAAGUUCAUUAGCUGGGCUACAUCAUUACCUGACGUUUGGUUUGUAACAACAACACAAGCAUUGCAGUGGAUAACCGACCCAAAACGUAACAAAGAGUUGACCACGUUCGACGCAUGGGAUUGCCGUAAACAAUCAUCACAAACACAACGUCCAUGCUAUAUUGGCAACAAGUGUGCAUUGGCAUACAAAUCAGGAAAUAUAACCGAUACGCGUUAUAUGGAAACAUGUCGUGAUUGUCCAAACAAAUUUCCAUGGUUAGGUGAUUCAGAAGGUACAGGUAUACCCGGUCGUGAUAAUUACAUCUAUCAAAGCAAAGACACAUCACCAACUGAGGAUAGUGAAAGUGAGAAAAGGAAGUAAAAAAUUGUUUCAGUCAACAAAAAGAAGUACGUUAAUUAAUUAAUUAGUGAAAAUAAUUGGUUAUUUAAUUGAUUUGUCCAACAGUUUUCCUUUCCCUUUUUGUUUCCAACUUCCUCAUUUUUAUUUUAAUUUAAUUGAUUGUUUUUUUGUUUACUUUUUCAAUACAACUCUGAGAAGAAUAUUUGUCAAGUCAUUAAAUAAGAAGAUUUAAUUUUGUUUAAAAUGUUAAAAUGUAAACG